UUCCUCAGGGAAGGAAAAAGAGCGCAAAUCACCCGAGCGGGAGAUGAGGAGGAGUUGAGCCGCUGCUGCCCGGGACUGCCGCUUAAUUGCGCGUAAUCUUCCGUUUCAUUCAUCUGAGCUGAGAGAGAGAGGAGGGGAAGACUUUGUAAAUAAGGAAACGGAGCUAAGGAAAGCGAAACGCGUUUUCAUCUCCUCGUUUUUCGUUUUCUCUUUGGACUGUUUGUUUGCAAAGAAAAAAAAGAAAAGAGAGAGAAAGAGGGGGAAACUGACAUUUUUGCUCGCGUUUAUGUCAGCUGCACCUUGAUCGCCAACUCAGUGCAGCCUCUCAUCCUGCGCUUCCCCCCUCUUUCAUCGUUUCUCACGCUGUUCAUCUUCACACAGCUGCUGCUUCCCCACUCCGUUUUCCUUCUGGAGUCGCUGACACGAGGUGCAGCUAACCUCGGAUGCUGACAGCUCCCGGCCUCCCUUUAUUCUUUCUUUCUUUUUUUUCCCUUCCACAUGUCGCAUCUUUUGUUUACUUUGAGAAACACGCCGCAACUAAACGCCGAGUGAAACAGACCACGCUACUUUGCUCGUUCUGACAGCGCGAUCAAACAGACAAGCAAGAGGAGGGGAGGCAGGAGGGGAAAAGAAGAAGAAGAAGAGAGAGAGUGAAAGGAGGGAGCCGAGGAGAGGAGGAGAGAGAGGGGGGGGAGAGAGUGAGUGAGAGAUAGAGACAGUGUGAAGGUGCGUUUUGAUGUUUGGCAUCCACGAGAGCAUCCAGAGGAGUGGGAGUAGUAUGAAAGAAGAGCCCAUGGUGGCCGGGAUGAACGCGGUUCGGACAUGGAUGCAGGGCGCCGGGGUGCUGGACGCCAACACAGCCGCCCAGAGCGGAGUGGGUCUCGCUCGGGCACACUUCGAGAAACAGCCGCCCUCCAACCUCCGCAAGUCCAACUUCUUCCACUUCGUCCUGGCUUUGUACGACAGACAGGGUCAGCCUGUGGAAAUAGAGAGAACCACUUUCGUCGACUUUGUAGAGAAGGAAAAGGAAAUGACGGGGGAAAAGACCAACAAUGGGAUCCAUUAUAGACUUCAGCUCCUCUACAGUAACGGGAUCAGGACGGAGCAGGACUUGUAUGUUCGUCUCAUUGACUCUAUGACUAAACAGGCCAUUGUUUAUGAGGGCCAGGACAAAAAUCCAGAGAUGUGUCGGGUGCUGCUGACCCAUGAGAUCAUGUGCAGUCGAUGCUGCGAUAAGAAGAGUUGUGGCAACAGGAACGAGACCCCAUCAGACCCUGUCAUCAUCGACAGGUUCUUCCUCAAGUUCUUCCUGAAGUGUAACCAGAACUGCCUGAAGAAUGCAGGGAACCCUCGAGACAUGAGGCGUUUUCAGGUGGUUGUGUCGACUACGGUGAGCGUGGAGGGUCACGUUCUGGCCGUCUCCGACAACAUGUUUGUGCACAAUAACUCAAAACACGGGCGCCGAGCUCGGAGGCUGGACCCGUCAGAAGGAACGCCAUCCUACCUGGAACACGCAACCCCCAGCAUCAAAGCCAUCAGCCCUAGUGAAGGCUGGACCACAGGGGGCGCAACAGUCAUCAUCAUCGGGGACAACUUCUUUGACGGCCUACAGGUCAUCUUUGGGACAAUGCUGGUCUGGAGUGAGCUCAUCACCCCCCAUGCCAUCCGCGUCCAGACUCCACCCAGACACAUCCCCGGGGUGGUGGAAGUCACACUCUCCUACAAAUCCAAACAGUUCUGCAAAGGCACACCUGGACGCUUCAUCUACACAGCGCUGAACGAGCCAACCAUAGACUACGGCUUCCAGAGGUUACAGAAGGUCAUUCCCAGACACCCUGGAGAUCAAGAGAGAUUACCUAAGGAGGUGAUUUUAAAGAGAGCGGCAGAUCUGGUGGAGGCCUUGUACGGGAUGCCUCACAAUAACCAGGAGAUGAUUCUGAAACGAGCAGCGGAUAUCGCGGAGGCCCUCUAUACAACAGUCCCAAGAGGGCACAACCAGCUAGCCAGUCUUGGCAGCAGCUCUGUUCAUGCUGGCAUGAUGGCAGUAAACUCUUUCACCGGGUCAGAGGUGGCACAAACAGCCAAUCAGGGUUUCAGUAGGAGUACAAGCAGUGUGUCCCCUCAUGGUUAUGUCCCCAGCUCUACUCCCCAGCAGAGUAGCUACAGCUCUGUCUCCACUAGCAUGAAUGGCUACGCUAACUCUGGCAUGGCAACCUUGGGCACCUCACCCAACUUCCUCAAUGGAUCUGCAGGCAACUCGCCCUAUGCUAUCGUCCCGUCCAGCCCGACGAUGGCGUCGUCGACCAGCCUGCCCUCCAACUGCAGCAGCUCCUCUGGCAUCUUCUCCUUCUCUCCAGCUAACAUGGUGUCUGCAGCCGUCAAGCAGAAGAGCGCAUUUGCCCCCGUUGUCCGACCCCAGAAUUCCCCUCCUCCCACGUGCACCAGCGCUAAUGCUAACAGCCUGCAAGAUCAGUCUUUUGUGGACUCUAGCAAGUACUCAUCAGCCAGCUCUCUGCAGGGCCUGGCCUUCUCCUGAACAGCGAUUCCCGGGAUGAUCGUUCCACCCAUGUAGAGGAUCUGGGAUAGCUGGAGAUUUGGGAAUGUUGAGAGGAAAAAAAAGACAGUAGCGGAGUCUGGUGAGUCUCUGUUAUGCUGCAGAGCUAAAGUGAAGGAAGUCAAGAUAAAGACGCAGGACUCUGUUAAACUCAGGCCUUUCCAUUGGGAUUUCAUCUGAAGGCGAUAGGAGAGAAAGAAAAAGGGGACAAUAUGAACCUUUUGUGAUGUUAUUUCCCUCUUGGUUGAAAUAGUGUAGCUUCUCUGACACCAUGUUGGAUGGAGUGUAUAGAGACUGAUAGUUUGCCCACAGUGUGACACUGACCUCAUGAAAAGAGCAUUUAUUUAUCUUUGUGUUUAUGCCUGUAAGGUUUGGGUUUGAUUACUGGAGGCCCCCACGCCGCCUUGCAAUCCAUAACUCGCACAAACAACAGCGAAGUGUUGGUUUGGCCAUGAAGUUUACAAUAACUUCAGUCACAAACAAAGGAGCUUUCCUUACCGUUUCCGCCUCUCUAAAACCGCAGAGCGACACAGUGGCCAAAUGGAGAAGGAAAAAAAAAGUUCAGCAACACAGAAAAAAAUAGAAAAUCAACCAUUGAUUUUGCUGCUAAUUUUCCAAUAAAUCUUAAAAAUUGUCUAGCAAAACUGCCCCAAGCUGUUUAAACAUCACGCCUUGCUUUUAUUUUAUUUUAUUUUUUUAAAUCUCUCUCUCUCUCAUUUUGGUUGGUUUGUUUGAAUUUUAAUAAAACUGUGAGGAUAGAGCUGUUUGCAAUAUGCUUUUUCUGCUUGACAUGUGAAGACAAGGUGACGAUGAGAAUUUAGCCAAAACUGACGAGGUUUUUAGUGAAGACUUGAAAAGCCAGAGGAUGUGUGUGCGUCCAGCCAGCACUGUAACUGAAGGAGCCUAGCAAAUAUCAAAUUAGAAUAAAUGCGUGAUAUAUGUGAUAUAUUUUUGUAUAUAUAAAAAAAAUGUUCAUUUUGGGGUUUUUUUCACUUCUUUACUCUUUUUUUUGCGAUAGCUCUAGUUUGAAAUGUAAACAUUAAAUGUCUUAAGGCAGCUUCUCAGUACAGAAGAUAGAUUUACUGCGUCUUGUCAAUAUCUCAUUUGCUAAACAUGAGAAACAUGGGUUUGGAUACAAAAAGGGGAUCCCUGUAAAAUACCCUAUAAAUAAUGUAUUUAUCCCUUGUAUUUGUACAUUGACUCUCACCCUCGUUUAGUUGUGUUGUGUAAGUUUAAUACAGUAAGUGAACACUUUUCGCAGUGUUUCGUUUCAUUAUUUGCUGUUGUCUCUCACUAUUUAAAUGUGACUUUUUUUUUAAAUCUUUGUUCCUUUUUGUUUUUUGUAUGUUGUUUUGCAUCAGUAUGCCAUGCUUCUGUUUGUUGAUUCAAAACAUGCCAUUGUCUAUUUUUGUAUUAUUUGUAAGUUAAUAAAAAAAUCUUUUUUUUUUCCUUAUGAAAAUGUUUAUUGUACGGCAAAAAAAGUAGCAUCCUAUUCAGAGUAUUUCGUUGAAGUAGAUUUUUUAAGAAUAUAAACACACAUUAAUAUAUACUGUAAAUCUAUAUCUUUUUGUUUGAACUCUGAGGCUUUCAGAUUGAUACUGUUCUUGAACUGAUAAUAUGCAUGGGUUCUUCUCUUGAGUGACUCUUUCUUUAUGUGUGUGGAAAACCAAGAGAACAAACAAAUUGCUCUGUUUUUCUUUCUUUGUGUUCCUCUUUUUUGCCUCCCUCCUCUUCCUCCUCCUCCUCUGUUCUUCCCUAUGUUAUUUAUGCCUGCUUACAUACUGUAUCUAUAUACUCUUUCUUUUAUUUCUGUCACUGUAAUCUUUACCAGCAGUCUAGAUGCCUUAACAAUGCAAACCCAUUCUUCAUUCAAUCAUGUGUACAGUUUUUCUACCCUCACCACAAUUGUCUGUUGCCACAGAGGAAUUCAUGAGAACUUGGGGACAAAGCACAAACCCACUCUGUUUGGUGGUAAAGCCAGACUAGAAUACAAAGAGCCAUAAUUCAACAAUCACACACACACCCCGAUGUACUAUAAUACUGCAGCAAUGGCACGCUUUGAAGGACAAGUCGGAGCGGCCUUUCUCAGCUGUGCUUCCUGCACGUUCGGAGAAACACUUUUUGUAGCAAUUAUGUAGCUUUUUUUUAAUGAUUUUGGCAGCAUGAUAGUGACAUUUCUCAUCAACCACAGGAUCACAACAGUACGACAACACAUGGCUGUUUUUAUUGUAGUACAGAGGGGCGCACAGUGAAGACAAGCGCUGCCACAGCACAAUUUUAAUCUCUACACAGAGUCGUAGGUCUGACUCCAGUAUCCGACAGUCAACCCAGCCCCCAGUCCUUCACCGUCUGUAUUGGCCUUUGGACAAUACAGCUUCAUUUCAAGCUAAACAAGACUAAAAAGAACAUGUGAUGAACCACAAAAGGGAGCUCCUUGGCCCAUCAGACAUUUCUGUAGUCUUUUUUUUUUUCUUUUUUUUCGUGUCUGCCGUGUGUCUUCAAGCUGUUGCUGGACAGAGAAUAGGGCUUUUUCUCUCUCUGCUUUUUCUUUUCUAGAGCCUGGUUUUGUUAAGGGGGUAGAAAGGACCGUUUUAACAGAGGCGCCUGCUGACAGACGAGUGUUUUUCAGGCACUUGUGUGCCUGUGCCGGUCUGGGCCAGGGCGGGAGGGGCCGCAGCAUAUCUGUUUCAAAUGAACUACAGAGGUCUGUUGUCAUACAAUGGCAUCUUUGUAAGCAAAAGUUCCAUCCCAAAUAUGAGUAUCAGUAAUGGGUGACAAAGUUUUUGUAUUUAGGUAACAAACAACAAAAAAAGAAGAAGAUGCAAACCAAAUAGCUGGUGUCUAUUUUUUCCUCUGUUUGUCUUUGACUGCAAAUACACUGAACAGCUCUAUGAUAUAAGGGAAGAAAAAAAAUCUACUGUAUAGAUUGUUAUUGUUUUUGAUGAAAAUUGAGCUGUAAGAUAACUUUUGGAAUCUCACAAUGUUGAAUUAAAGUUACCUCUUGUCUGUGA